AUGGAAGAGAAGCCGCCUGGCACCGGGCCGUCCCCGGAGGUGGCCCCUGCCGCUACGAAACAGCGUGCUCCUCGGAAGAGGAGGGCAGAGACCAGCAGGAGCCCGGGGCCUGCUGGCCCGGCCCCGAAGAAGAAGGCCAGGAAAGCCCCCAGGAGAGCGGCCCCCCAUUUCCUCGUGCACGAGACAGACAACGACAUGCUGCUGAUCAUUUCCAACGUGGGCGAGGAACGAGUGCGGCCGACUCAGAAAGUGUCCAAGAGGAAGCGGAAGAAGCCACGGCAGCUGAAGGGGCUGAGGAAGCCGGCAUCGAGCAGAGGGAAGGGGAGGGUUUUGACGGAACAGCCCGUGCCUGCAGGAAGCCUGGGGGAGGGCAGCAAGGCAUUCCCCCCCAGCACCUACCCAGCUGCUGGCAGUUCCUGGGGCAAGCAACUCCCGGUGGAGAUCCUGGUACAGAUAUUCCAGCACAUUGUGGCAUCAGAAGGAUCGGUCCCCUUCCUCUGCAGGGUGGCCCGUGUGUGCCGGCUCUGGUAUGGAGCAGCUGCCAACCCUGUGCUUUGGCAAAAGGUGUCCCUUGGCUACUGCUGGGCAGCGCCAGGCCAAAAAUGGUCGCCCGUUGUAGAGAAGAGAGUCUUUGGCACUGUGGAGUGGUUGGCUGGCCACAGAUUUUCUCACCUCCGGGACUUUGCUCUCUGCCACUGGAAAAAUCACGUGCCCUUUGUCCUGAAGGAAAUUGGCAAAUCCUGCCCCCUCCUUGCAUCUCUCAAGCUGUCCCACUGCAGUGGGGUGACUGCAGAGUCCCUGGUCGCGCUGGCUGCAUGUUGCCCCCAGCUGGAGAGUCUGAAUGUGCAGAAUUCCCAGGUUCACUCUUCAGCCGUAGUCAGCUUUCUUGAAGCUGCUGGUUCUCGAAUCCGGUACCUAUGGUUGACCUACACCCGAACGAGCGCCGUUAUCGCUGCGCUUUCAAACGGCUGCUGCCCUGGACUGCGGCUCCUGGAGCUGAACAUGGAGAUCAAGCAAAGCAGCCAGCACUUCCAGCUUCCCAUUGAGCAGCUCCAGGCUGCCUGCCCACAUCUACAGGUGUUGCGCCUGCUCAAUGUUGUCUGGAACCCGAAGCCCCGCCCCCGCUCUGCCCCUCCUUCCCAGGGCUUCCCUGAGAUGGCAGAGCUCUGCUUGGCCACCACCUCCUACUCCUUCGUCGACGACAGCACCUUGCAGCGGAUCUUGUGGGCCUCAGACCAAAUCCGCAUGCUUGACCUGCGCGGCUGCUUCCGUGUCACUCCCAAAGGGCUGCAGCAGCUGCCGUGCCCAGAUCUGGAGCAGCUCUACUUGGGCCUGUACUGCAGCACCAGCCAAAUCCACCUGCCCCUGGAAGGGAGCCCCCUCCUCACCCGGAAGUGGAGCCACAGCCUGCAGGAGCUGGACUUGGCCGGCCAGAGCUUCAGCGAGGGUGACCUGGAGCAGGCAAUGGCUUCCUUGGCUCAGGGGCAGAGCCAGAAGGGGGGCCCUCCCCCCCUUCGCUCCCUCAAUCUCACUGGCACCAAGGUCAUCCUCAGCACAGUCAGCACCCUGAUCACCAGUUGCCCUGCCCUCACCUACCUCAACCUCUCGUCCUGUCGCCAUUUGCCACGGGGCACAAAGAAGGCCUAUCGAGGCCAGAAGGAAAUCCGCCAGUGUUUGCACCACCUCCUGACUAGUGCAGAGGAGGCUCUCUGAAUCUCCCAGGCUC